CUCAGCGUCCCGGCUCCAGUCCCCUUCACUCUCCAAGUCGCGGGCUGGUCGCCGCUGCGCUUUAUACUCGGCGUAUUUAACGAUUUUAUUUCACUUUUGCGGUUUUCUCUGUGCAAUUUCUGACCUGGGGAACCUGCCAUGUAGUUUGCCCGGAUUUGCGCCGCUUUGCUCACUCUGGGAAGUUUAAGGGAGCAGCAGAGAGGAGCACGGAGGAUGACGGAGGAGGAGCGCGCGGACGGCGGCCGGGACACCGACAGGCAGCUGCGCCUGCGGGUCUGCGUACUGCGGGAGCUGCUCGGUACCGAACGAGACUACGUGGGCACGCUGGAGUUCCUCUCGGGCUUUCUGCAUCGCCUCAGUCAGUAUGCAGCAACUAAGGUCGACAAGAACAUCACAGAGGAGACAGUGAAGGUUUUGUUCUCCAACAUCGACGAGAUCCUCGCUGUGCAUAGGCUUUUCCUCUCCAUGGUGGAGGAGCUGCUCGAACCCGAGCCUCAUGCUCACCAUGAAGUGGGCCGCUGCUUCCUUCAUUUUAGGAGCCGCUUUCAGAUAUAUGAUGAGUACUGUGGAAACCAUGAGAAGGCCCAGAGACUUCUGCUGGAGCUCAACAAGAUCCGCAGUGUGCGGACGUGUCUGCUGAACUGCAUGCUGCUGGGAGGGAGGAAGAACACAGAGGUACCACUGGAAGGUUAUCUGGUCGCGCCCAUCCAGAGGAUCUGCAAGUAUCCUCUCCUUCUAAGGGAGCUCCUGAAGAGAACCCCGAAGAAGCACAGCGACCACGCCGCCGUGCUGGAGGCCCUGCAGGUCAUGAAGGCCGUCUGCUCCGGCAUCAACGAGGCCAAGAGGCAGAUGGAGAAGCUGGAGGUGCUGGAGGAGUGGCAGUCACACAUCGAGGGUUGGGAGGGAUCCAACAUCACAGACACCUGCACUGAGCUGCUCAUGCAGAGCGUCCUGCUGAAGAUCUCGGCCGGGAACAUCCAGGAGCGCAUCUUCUUCCUCUUCGACAAUCUCUUGGUCUACUGCAAGAAGAAAAACCGGCGUUUAAAAAACAGUAAGGCGGCUUCUGAGGGCCCACGCUACCUCUUCCGAGGUCGGAUAAACACGGAGGUCAUGGAGGUGGAGAACGUGGACGAUGGCACAGCCGACUACCACAGCAGUGGGAACAUCGUCAACAACGGCUGGAAGAUCCACAACACCGCCAAAAACAAGUGGUUCGUCUGCAUGGCGAAGACGCCGGAGGAGAAGAAGGAGUGGCUGGAGGCCAUCAUGAAGGAGAGGGAGAGGAGGAAAAGUCUGCGGUUGGGGAUGGAGCAGGACACGUGGGUGAUGGUGUCGGAGAAGGGCGAGAAGCUCUACAACCUGAUGUGCUCACAGGGUCACCUGAUUAAAGACAGGAAGCGGAAGCUCACCACUUUCCCCAAGUGCUUCCUGGGCAGCGAGUUUGUCUCCUGGCUGAUGGAAAUCGGGGAGACGGACAACUUGGAGGAAGGCGUUCACCUGGGUCAGGCCCUGCUGGAGAACGGGAUCGUCCACCACGGUGAGGCGUCGUUGGCUAUCCGGCCCAGCGACACCGGCUAUGGCUUCACCCUGGAGGACCGGAACCAGGUGCCGAUCGUCAAGUCCGUGGAGAAAGGGUCCAGUGCGGAGAUGGCCGGCCUGGAGCUGGGGAAGAAGGUCUUCGCCAUCAACGGUGACCUGGUCUUCCUGAGGCCCUUCCAGGAAGUGGGCAGCUUCCUAAAGCAGUGCUUCAACAGCGGCAGACCGCUAAGGCUGCUCGUCAGUGCCAAGCCCCGGGAGACGGUGAAAAUUCCCGACUCAGCAGAUGGACUUGGCUUCCAGAUCCGCGGCUUCGGCCCAUCUGUGGUGCACGCGGUCGGCCGAGGCACAGUGGCGGCCAUCGCGGGCCUGCAUCCCGGCCAGUGCAUCAUCAAAGUCAACGGGAUCAACGUCAGCAAGGAGAGCCAUGCCAGCGUCAUCGCCCACGUCACGGCGUGCCGGAAAUACCGACGGCCCACGCAGCAAGACACCAUAAAGUGGGUGUAUAACAACAGCGAGAGUGCCCAAGAGGACCACCAGAGGGCCAAGCAGAAGCCCUCGACAGAGGAGAAUGGGGAGGUGUUUGAGUGUAAAGUGGAAGAGGUCAUGGACAAGUUCAACACCAUCGCCAUCAUCGAUGGCAAGAAGGACCACGUCAGCCUGACGGUGGACAACGUGCACCUGGCGUACGGCGUGGCCUAUGAGUACGACAGCACGGCCGGCACCAAGUGCCACGUCCUGGAAAAGAUGGUGGAACCCAAAGGUUUCUUCAGCCUGGCCGCCAAGAUCCUGGAGGCGUUGGCGAGGAGCGAUGAGCAACUGGUGCAGACCUGCAGCCGGUUGAACUCCACCCCCGAUCUCGUCCCCGAGGAGCUCCACAUGGCCUUCACAGCCACCUGCGGCGACAGACUGGAGCAUGUCAACCGGCGCAUCACCAACUAUCGCAAGUUCUCCCGGGUGCUGAGGAAUCGGGCCUGGCCUACGUUCAAGCAGGCCAAGACCAAAGUGUCCCCUCUGCACAGCAGUGACUUCUGCCCCACAAACUGCCACAUCAACAUCAUGGAGGUGUCCUACCCCAAGAGCAGCAGCUCCCUAGGAAGUGCCUUCGGCGUGCAGCUGGACAGUCGGAAGGGCUCCACGCUGGAAAGGGCGGCGCACGGCACAGAGCAAGGCAAGAUGAACCCCAUGGCCCACGUGCAGCACACCAUCACCAGCAUGGCGGCGCCGUCGGGCCACAGCCUGGGCCGCCCCGAGGGCCACGGGCUACGCUUCCUGCUGCGUGAGGACGAUCUGCUGGGCCUGGACGCCUACCAGCGGCUGCUGGGCAAGCUGGCGAGCGUCGUCAGGGAGACGGAGGGCUGUGCCGCGCACAUUCACGAUCUUCUGUCCUCCAUCACACAACCCCCCUCGCCUGACGGGACAGCCCCACCGGGUGACGUUUCCGGGGACAAUGAGGGCGAGAAGGGCGAGCGAAACGGCAAGAAGGUGUGCUUCAAUGUGGCCGGGGAGGAGCAGGAGGACUCGGGUCACGACACCAUCAGCAACAGGGACUCCUACAGUGACUGUAACAGUAACAGGAACUCCAUCGCCUCCUUCACCAGCAUCUGCAGCAGCCACUGCAGCUCCUACGUCCACAGCGACGAGAUGGACUCAGGGGAUGAGAUGCCUGUCAGCAUGUGGAUUUCCCACGACAAGCAGAAGAAGCUGCAUAGCUUCCUGGAGCAUCUCUGCAAUCAGGUCGACUCCAUUACCAGCCUGCUGAAGGGUGCCGUCGUCGCUCGAGUGUUUGAACAGACAAAGUGUUUCAUGCCAGGACGAGGCCUGCAAGAGUUCCUCCAGGACGCGGAGCAGAAGGUGAGCGGCUCCCGGAAGCUGCGGCUCCACGUGAAGCAGGACCCCUGGAACCUGCCCAGCAGUGUGAGGGAGCUCACCCAGACCGUCGCCAAGCUGGUCGAAGAGCUGAAGACCCGUCUGCUUCUGGCGCUGCUUCAGUACACGGACUCAGAAAUCCAGCUCCGGCGGGACAUGGUCUUCUGCCAGAGCCUGGUGGCGGCGGUCUGUGCUUUUUCACAGCACCUGCAGGCUGCACUGAACCAGGCGCAGGGCGAGUCGGACGCCGAGGCUCAGGAGGCCAGCCGCCUCUGGCUGGAGCAGAUCUCCAGCGUGGGCCUGCUCUUCCACUUCCAGUCCCUGCUGUCCCCAAACCUGACAGAUGAGCAGGCCAUGUUGGAAGACACGCAGGUGGCCCUCGCAGACCUGGAGAAAGUGACCUUCUGCUUCCGGCAGUUUGAAGGCGACCCGCAGGUGGCCAACAUGCCCAUCUCCUACCAGGUGGAAGGAACCAGACAAGCCAUCAAGGUCUGCUUCUACCUGGAGAGCUUCUACUUUGAGGAGCUGCCGCUCAGACUGAGGAAUGGGGCCGGGUUCAAGAUCCACCCGGUACUCUUCACGCAGGCUCUGGAGAGUAUGGAGGGUUACUACUACAGGGACAGUGUCUCCGUGGAGGAGUUCCAAGCCCAGAUCAACGCGGCCUCCCUGGAGAAGGUCAAGCAGUACUGCAAGAGGCUGAGGGCCUUCUACCUGGACAAGUCCAACCUGCUCCCCAGCUCAGCACCAAAAGCGGCCUUAGUAGACAAGCUGAUGCGCCCCCUGAACGCCCUGGAGGAGCUCUAUCGGCUGAUGGAGAGCUUUGUGAGCUCACGGCGGACGGCGGCCUGCCAGUUCACAGCCUGCGGUGCAUCUGGGGUGGGGCUGCUCACGGUGGCGUCCGAGCUGUGCGACCGCCUGGGGGCCUGCCACAUCGUCAUGUGCAACAGCGGGGUGCACCGCUGCACCCUCAGUGUCACUCUGGAACAGGCCAUUCUACUCGCCCGGAACUACGGUUUGCCUCCGCGCUGCAUCAUGCAGGCCACGGACGUCAUGAGGAAGCAGGGAGCGAGAGUCCAGAACUCAGCCAAGAAUCUGGGGGUGCGGGACCGGACCCCAUCAUCGGUGCCCAGGCUGUACAAGCUGUGCCAGCCCCCACCCCCGGACGGCGAGCCAUGAGGUUGCAGGACCAGACGGCAGCAGCGACGGCCCAGGCAGCAGUCGGGCCGGCACCGGGCCUGGGCCGCGGGCCUCGGCGUCACAUUGGCUCUCUGGGUUCCCCCCCUUUUACAUACUACCUGCGUGUAACUCUGUAGUG